GUUCGGUCAACCCCCAAACCGCACGGUACAAAAACGGCGAGGGCCGCGGUCACAGUCGCGAGAAGAAAGUGCGCGUUGGUCGAUAUUCAUCUCCCUGGAGUUGGCAGCAGCAGUAGUCGUCGUCGGAAAGGCGCGUCCAAUUAUUUCGUUGCCCGUCAGCUGGAGGAGUUCGGUGCUGUGUGGUCAUCGUCAUCGCUGUGCCGUAGGGUGGUUACUGCGCGGCAUCAAAAGCCCUUUUAUUCGGUCGGGCGGAAGAUUUGAUUGCGUGAUUGUGUCGUGUGACGAUUGAGCCCGCGCGGUUCGGGGUCGAAGCCAUUUAUUAGUAAACAAAACGGUGGUGGCGAGCGUGAAGGCGAUCGUGAAGGGAGCAGCAACCGAUUUGCGUUAGGGAAGUGAAAGCCUACACGCUAGUGAAACAGGCAUCAGGUACGCAGUGUGUGUGUGUGGCUCCCUUUUGGUUUGUUAGUGCAAUUUUCACGUGCCUGUGAAGUGAAGUGAGUGAGUGAGGGGAGAGACGGAAGCAAGCGAAAUGGAGGAGAAAAGUUUGCUACUGAACGUGCACAGCAAUCUGGAGCCCCCGAAACCGGACGGGAACACGUUUCUGAUGCGCGGCAACUACCACUACUACCAUUACGGGUGUGACGGAUUUCAGGAUAUGGGCUGGGGCUGUGGCUACCGUACGCUGCAAUCGAUCUGCUCGUGGAUCAUCGCCAACGGCCCACCAAAGACGGCCUCGUCCGGCGAGGUGCCGAACAUUCCCACCAUCCAGCAGACGCUGGUCGAGAUCAAGGACAAGCCGGAGCGAUUUUUCGGAUCGCGCGAAUGGAUCGGCACGCUGGAGGCGAUCUACGUCAUCGACACGCUGUACGACGUGUCCUGCAAGGUGCUGCACAUCGCGCGCAGCGACAGCAUCGCCAAGCAUGCGGACACACUGCGUGACUACUUCGAGCAGUACGGUGGGUUGAUCAAUGGGGGCGACAUGGAUGCGGCCUCGAAGGGUAUCGCCGGCAUCCACGUGAGCGUCGACCAGGACGUGUAUCUGCUCGUGGUCGAUCCGCACUUUGUCGGGCGCAUCAAGACGAAGGAGGAGCUGUACACGAAGGAGUACGUCAAGUGGCAGAAGGUGGAAGACUUUGUCGACAGUUCGUUCUACAACCUGUGCCUGCCGAUGCUGAAGAGCCGUGAGCUGGCGGCGUAAGAGUGGAAAUCGCAUGGUAACGCUUUCAUCAUAUCAUCGUGGUGGUGUGCGAGGACAGAACGACGCAUCAGAGGACAAAACAGGUAGUCUGGGGUCUGAGAUAGCAGAGCUUUCUAUUCCCCUUUUUUUGUUGGACAAUAGCGUUUUCUAAUGAUGGAAGUGAGUCCACACCAAGAUCGUCAAGAACGGUUGUUGGUGUUGGAAGUUUCUUUUUAUCCCGUCCCUUAUUGGCCAUUUUAAUCGGACGUGUAGACCCAGGUGACGAACGUUUAUUUAUUAGUGAAUUAAGCAAAAUUAACUCCCCUCUGCCUAUAACUUUAUAUAUAUCCAAGCAUAUUACAAAAAAAGAAAAGUAGUCCAAAUCUAAUCUACGCCAUUAGUGGCAUAGGUGAUCGCGCGUGAACGUUUUCUCCCUAGAAGGGAGAAGCUCUACGGCAGCAGUAAGCAAAGAAUAAUAAUUAGUAUAAAAAGGCGUAUUUCUUUUCUAUCUCUUCUAUCGUAUCGUAGCCUGUAAUGUAAUCGUGUUUAGGAAAAAUGAAAAUGAUGUGUGUAGCACAAACGAAGAACGAUUAAUUAUGUUAUCAGCACAGUUUGCCAGCCAUUGAAACGUUUCAAGAGAACACAAAAAGGAUACGAAUUUAUUAAAUUGAACCCUUUUUCUCUUAAUCGGUGUGGUUCAUUGGUAAAAAUUUAAUGAAAAGAUACCAAAUCCCCCUUGGCGAAAACUAUCCUUCAACGGGACCAAAAACCGACAACACGCAAGCGACGAUGCAAUUAAGAGAAAUUAUGUACGUACGCACGAUUGGUAUGUCUCAAAAAGAAACGUGUAAAAUCAACAUACAUAACGUAUCAAAUUCAUCUCACAAACCCGUCGACGUUUGCCAUAAAUAAGGUGUUACAAUUCGGUAGUGAAAACAUAUAAACGAAAAACAAAAGAAACGUACAAUUAGUGUUAAAAAAAAACAAAAAACGGAAGUAUCAAAACAGCGCAUACAAAUAAUUCGCAACGUUCCCAAACACAGGCGAUGAGAACCAAACAACAGAAGUAAAUGCAGCAAAUCACCACCAAACACUGCCCCACACACACACAUACAGGCUGUUGUGUUCGAAUGGAAAACUUAAAAGAAGGAAACCGAAGUAGAAAAAAAUAACAACUUUUUGUCUAAAAAAACAAACAGUUAAAGAAAUUAAUUGAAAUAGCAAACAAAAAACCCGAAAGAGGCAUACCCACACACAUGGAUGUGAAGUUGGUGUAGUUAACCAUUUUCUCUAGCGUAGUUGAAGUUGUUUGGUGUGCGUCAUGUAACAGAAAGAUGUGUAAAACUAUUUUAUUUUAACUGUAUGUAGAAAAUCUAACACACACAUAAAGAAAACGAUGUAGACAAAUAUGUUAAAGAUAUUUUUGUUGUUAUGUAUUUAUAGCGCUCGUUAGGUAGGUUCGCGUUCCGUGCCCUUUCAAUGAGAGGGCGGAAACGGACGAUGAAGAAAGAUGAAGAUCGCAAAAGAAGAAAUAAAUAUUUACCGUAUAUAACGUAA